AUGGAGAACCAGCGAUUGCUCCUCGGAUUAAUCGGAUUGAUCGGAUUGAUUGGACUAAUCCUGAUGCCAGGAUCGGUGGAAAGCAGGCCGGGUGGAAUGGAGCUGCAGUCGCACUAUCUGCAGGCCAUCUCCGCCUAUCGCCGGCUGGAACGCAUCCUGCCGAAGGACGAACUCAGAGCGGUGACGAGUAUUGGAUUACUGAAUGGCGCCCGCCAGGCGGAGGAGCAAAUGGAGCAGCACUUGGUGAAGGCAGUCCGGGAGUUGCUGCUCCAAAUGAAUCUCACGGAAAGUGGCCGUGUCAUGUCCAAAAUCGAUGCCAUCGAACAGCAAUUGUCCAGGGAUCAAAGGGCGCUGGAAAUCCUCACGCGAGUUAUGGAUGUGGUGUCCCAGGCCAAGGACGAUCACGAGUUCAGAGUGGAGCUGAGGGAAAUGGCCCAGCAGCAGAAGGAGGAGGAGCUAUACAACCAGGAACUAUCCGCCGAUCUCACAGAUCAGCCGAAAUUAGGCGAGAGAUUGGGCCAACUGAGGAUCAAUAUCAUCAAGCAGGUGCCGCAGAUGAAAAACGAACUGGAGGCCAAGAUAGAGAAGGCCCUGCAGCAUUUAUUGAAGCAGGCUGGAGAGGAUGGGCUCUUGGCCAGGGCCAAGCAGAAGGUGAUCCACAAAAGGCAGAUCAAGAAGGAAAUGGAGCAGAGGAAACAGGAGGAACAGGAUGAGGCCGAGCAGCGGCAGAUGCCCGAGGAAAUGAGGAUUAUCAAGUCCAUAUUGUCAGAGGCUCAUGACUUGCGCUUCCAGGAUGACUUUCAGGAAAAUAUGCUGGAGCAGCAGCCGGCGAGGCGCCUCAAAAUGGAACCCAAUCCCUCGGAGCUCGAUGACCUGGAAAUAAAUGUAAAGUUGCCAAAUGUUACAGCCAAGGCCAAAGGUAAACCGAAAAUGAACUCCAAGCCGGAGAAGCAGGUGGAUGCGGAGGGCACAGGCUCCUCGGAAUUGGCCACAGAUGACGGCGAUGACCUUGGCGAUGGCGAUCUGGGAGCGGGCGAUGGAGGAGGUGGAGGAGGAGGAGGCGGUGGUCUGGUGGGCAUCAUUGGCAGCCUCAGUGGUGGUGAAGGGGGCUCCGAUGUGGGUGCCCUAAUUGGUGCCCUCACUGGCCUGGUUUCCACUUUAUUUGGCCCUGGUGGCCUGGACGUUCAAGGUUUGAUUCAGACUGGAACCUCGCUGAUUUCUGGACUUCUGGGUGGCAACAAAAACUUUGGUCUAGUCCUUGGUCAAUAUGUGGGCACCGCCUUGGAUGGUUUGUCUGGAGGUGGUGGAGCGAUCAACAAUGGCCAGUUUCUGGGCAACUUCUUGGGCACUGUGUUGGCCGCACUCAGCGCAGAUCCCGAGGAGGAGGGUCCGCCGCAACCUUUGACCUUCACCAAGAACCUGAUCACCAGCUUCCUGGAGGCCAAGUUCCGGCCAAAUUCGGACGAGGACACAGAGGAACGGCAUGGCAGUGCGGAAUUGCCACGCCCCCGCAAGAAGAAGGAAGGGGGCGGCGGUGGAUGGGCGGCUGCAGCGGCAAGUAGUUUUGAUUCCGGUGGAUUUGUGAAGCAGGUCGCCUCCCACCUGGUGAGCAAUGCCCUGGGCCUGAUCCUAAAUGCCGGACUGGGAGCAGCCGGAGGAGCCUCGAGUGCCGCGAAGAACAUCUUCGCCAGCAGCAGCAUGGGCCACCAUGCCAAGCCGCCAGAACACCACCAUCGAUCUUGGUCCCCCUACGACAACGAGCCAUUCUAG